AUGAAACCCGAGCAAAAGCUGGAUAACAGCUCUGGCAACGACAAUAAAAGGGACUCCCAAACCGCACAUGUGAGGGCCACGAUAGUGAAGAACUUAUUCAACAUGCUUUUCUUCGUCAUUGCGUUAUUUGCCGGGCCAUCACAUAUUGACCAUCAUUUAGACAAAAGUUCAGCUAGUACCGGCUUCACCUACCUGUAUCUCAGGCGGACAGAGGCGAUGAUUUCCGUACUUCCUGCCUUCGGUGGGUACCUCCUUGGCGUGAUCGCUUGCUCCAUGUGCAUCCAGCUCUACUCCUUUCUCAUUCCUCUAUGUCUUGCCCCAAUUGUAACGCUUUUCUUCGCCGUUAACAUGGACUUUUGUCCGUGGUUUGGGAACGAUCUGUGGUGCAGGGAUGGCGCGCGGGCUGUUGUCGAGAACAAUGAGUAUAUCUCAGUCCUUCUGGUCGUCAUGGGACAAAUUUUCUACUGCAUAUACAACUAUGUCGCAACAGCAUCCGGUAUCCACGAAAAAGAAUUAAACAUGUUCUGGUUUCCUCAACACACCGGGGUCUUAACCGGCCAGCACAUGCUGCUUAACAGGACUAAGAUCACUGAAAAUCUAGAGGAAUCAAGUCAAAGCGCAGAAGGCCAACAACAAAGCGCAGAAAGCCCACCACAAAGCGCAGAAGACCCACCGCAAGGGGACCUGGAGCAAAGGGCAAAAGACCUGGGUGGGCGUGUGAUGAUUUGUACCACCAUGUACCGCGAGACAUGGGAUGAGAUGUCAAAGUACCUGGAUUCCAUCAAACGGGUCGCCGCAUCAGAUCUAGAUAAGCUUGUUGGGAACGAAUCCGAAAACAGCUGGGCUGGACAAUUUGAAGCACACGUGUACUUCGACAACGGUUUACGAGGGGAUAAACUGACGGAUUUUUCUGCCCAGCUUGUCUGCCUUGUUAAGGACAAAUAUCCAGAUUCCGUUGAAAUCCCCCCGAGGAAGACGUGGUACGGAUGGAAACUACGUUGGGAUCUUUCUGGUUCUCUUCGCCUGCCUCUGACCAUACACCUGAAAGACAACCAGAAGGUGAAGAGCAAGAAACGAUGGAGCCAGGUUAUGUACAUGGAGUCUGCCGUGGAUAGUCAGAGGAAUAAAGAGAUCAAUAAACGUGUAAAGUACAUCCUUGCGACCGAUGGAGAUGUGGACUUUGACGCCAGCUCCAUCGUGGCCAUGCUUCUGCAGAUGAAGAGCGACCGAGAGGGACAAGUGGGCGCGGUCUGUGCCCGCACACAUCCCGUCGGAUCAGGACCGUUCGUGUGGUACCAGAUGUUUGACUACGCAAUUGGGCAUUGGCUGCAGAAGGUUGCUAACCACGUGCUGGGCUCCGUACUGUGUGCCCCCGGGUGCUUCACCGUCUACCGUGUGGAGGCCAUCGCUGACGUGCUGGAGGAGUACCGCUCUGACGUGGAGGAGGCCUCGGACUUUCUCACUAAGGACAUGGGGGAGGACAGGUGGUUCACAACUCUGUUGGUGAAGGCUGGCUAUAAGAUCAACUACUGCGCGGGAGCCUCUGACUCCACCCACUGUCCGGAGGAGUUCGAUGAGUUCUGGAAGCAGCGGAGGCGCUGGAUCCCCUCAACCCUGCUUGCCAAGAUAUUGUGUUACAUCUUCCUAUUGGCCAUGCUUGUUGCAGUUGUGGGAACAGUGAGCCAAAUGGUGGUGUCCAUCAACUCCCAUAAACCGCCCUUAGGCACGGGCCCUCCGGCCACUUGUUUCUGUGGAUCUGAGGACGACAUGAAAAACGGAACCAAACUACAAGAGGACAUGUGUGCCUUCCCGUGUCCGGGCGACAGUGGGGAGUUCUGUGGGGGCAGCGCCAAGCCAGGACAGAUCUCUGUAUACAACAUCAACGAACUUAUCUGGAUCAAGCUGCCCGUUGAUGUGACUACCCUGUACCUCGCCAUAGUUGUUGGGAUACACUUCGUCGCAGCCGUUCUACAUCCAGGGGAGCGAUCAUGCAUUAUCUACGGCGUGGUGUACCUGUUUACCCUGCCGUGUGUCUACAUCCUCAUGAACGUCUACAGCGUGUGCAACAUGACUGAUCGGUCAUGGGGUACAAGGGAGGCAAGAUCUCAGCAAGACCAGGACAAAGACAAGUUGUCCUACGACAUCGUGACCAAACUGCGUCAAUUUUGGACGUUUUGCAAAGCAUGCUGUCUGAGAUCAAGCAGACACAGCGAUCAAGAAGCUAAUAAGCACACUAAGGAGACAGCUAGACCUCUCCAUAAUACUUCUGAUGCAGAGUCUUCUGGCUUCGAGGGCCGUGAGCGCAACGACACUGCAGACGGUAAAGGGGAGACACAACCAUUAGCGCCUGCGCCUAGAGACCCCGCCCUCCCUCCAAUCAGUGCCAGACUGCAGACCAGAGACUGUCCAGAGGACUUGAUUUUGUGUCCGCCAAUGUUUGAGAAGAAGUCGUACUAA